CUGAUAUCUGAUGGAGAGUCGGCACGUUCCCCCUGCAGGCCGUCUCAGCAGUAGCCGUCGGCGGAGGAGCACAGGAAGGCACGAGCUCAUCUCUCGCGAGGAACGACGCCGUUAUCGGAAUCUCUAGAAACAACACGAGAAUUCGUCAUUCACACGCUAUGAAUGAUGUCUGAACAAGAGUUAGAUGACAUUGUGCAAAUAACAGUGGAGGACUUUACACACCAAGACCGUACAGAAAUGCUGGACAAUCAUGACGACAAUGAAGAAAGACCACAAAAGAAGAAGAGAAAACUAAGCCAGAGCCAGGAGAACAACAACAACAAUCAAGAUUUAUCUUUUAUUAAGAACCUUUUGGUUUCUUUCACUGGAUCAAUCAGCCAACGUCUGGAUGGAAUCGAAUCAAAGCUACAGGCCUUGGAUGCCACAUGCAAAGCUCUUGGACGCAAACUUGACAGCAUGUCUCCGUGUUCCAAGAGUCCAAUCCAGGUUCCUAUGGUUGCAGGAUCACCACAGGGUGCCACUCAAACUUGGAACAAAGUGCGAUGUGUUGUCCCACAGACGAAUGUAAUAGUCAACAGGGAUAAUCCGAAGACCCCAAGCCAAGAGGAUUCUCCUUUGGAAAACCUUCUCAGCAACACAGUGACCAGGAAGCGUCAGAACACGAUUGUGGUCAAAGUUCCAGCUGGUGAGGAAAGCCAGGAGGAUCAGGAGAGCGGCUCAGAGGCCAGUGACUCCAUCUCUAAUAGCGGUCACUCAAGCGGCGCUCAGAACGGCCAAAACGUCACACUCAUCACACUCAACGCAGAAGAGGAUUAUCCCGAAGGCACCUGGUUGGGAGAUGAGAACAACCCAGAGAUGCGCGUCCGUUGUCCAGUGUCAUCGGCCGACAUGCUUCACAUCAGCACAAACUGUCGCACAGCAGAGAAAAUGGCGCUGACCCUUUUGGAUUACCUGUUCCACCGCGAGGUCCAGGCCAUGUCGAACCUUUCUGGUCAGGGAAAACAUGGAAAGAAGCAGCUCGACCCACUCAUGAUCUAUGGAAUUCGCUGCCACCUAUUCCACAAAUUUGGCAUCUCCGAGUCGGACUGGUACCGGAUCAAGCAGAGCAUUGAUUCAAAGUGUCGCACUGCUUGGAGGCGUAAACAGCGAGGUCAGAGUUUGGCAGUCAAGAGCUUCUCCAAGCGCACACCUCGUAACACAGCAGCAGAUGAAAGCCUCUCAGAGGAAACUCCCCACAUUGAGGCAGCCACCCAGCAGACCUUGCACUACACGCUAGCCAAUCAGCAGGUCCAGUUCCACCGAAUCGGUGAAGAUGGGCAAGUUCAGGUGAUUCCACAGGGACAGCUGCACAUCGCCCAGGUACCACAAGGAGAGGAGGUCCAGAUCACACAGGACAGUGAGGGAAAUCUUCAGAUUCAUCAGGUGCACGUUGGCCAGGACGGACAGGUGCUGCGCGGCGCUCAGCUGAUCGCUGUUGCGUCUGCUGAUGGAGCAGCCACAGCAGUAGAAGGCUCCUCCCUCCCGCCUGAUAUCCAAGUGCAGUACGUCCAACUGGCACCUGUAACAGAUCACGCUGCAGCUGUUCAGGCUGCUGAGUUGGCCCCCGCCCUGCAGGCCGACAUAGAGGUGAAAGAAGCCAUCCAAGGUGCCAUCCACGGAGGCAGCGGCGAGGUUGUCCAGAUUGUCACCUCAGUUGCCACCUGAGAUCUCAUCGUGUUCAACACAAGUCUAUUCCUCUCAGUUUGGCUUAAUACAUUUUUAUGAACAGUCCGACAGGCACCUAACUUCGAAAGUCUGAAGAAAUAUUAAAGGUCGCAGAUGAAACAGAGGGAUAACAUUUUUUUCCAUUGUUUUUCCUGGCAAACGUCUCCCUUCAUCGCCAACCAGAGUUUGCAAUCUGGAAAUAUUCACAGAACUUAAAAAGACCUUCGUGCUCCAUCAUCUUGAAAAAGGCCUUUCUGCACUGACGAAAACGGAGAAUUGUCUCUAUGCGGAGCGUCGCCCUGCCUCAAUAUCGGCUCAAAUUCUCUUUUCACAUCUGUUUUGAAAAAUAACGGAGAUAUUUGUACUAAAUCUUUACAGGAAUUUGCACUGGAAAGUGGAUUUAGAUAAGAAAUGCUAACCUCAGUUGUUUUUAAGUGUUUUUUAUUUUAUUACAACAGACCAUAAUUUGUCUCCCAGCUAUUAGCUUAACUUUCUUUUACUGUGUUCAGCUUGUUUACAUAGUUGUUCAGUCCCACAGUUUAGUUUGUUUUAUUUAUGUUGUUGUAAGAUGAUAUGAGUUGAAGCUUUAACUUCAGAGGGACAUGAAUUAAAGAGAUGGUGCCAGUGGUAGGCACAACUAGAUGCUUUUCGGCGGGUAAGAAAACCUUAAAAGAUGUUUGUUUCCUCCAAUUUUGUCCGUGUGACUGAUCCGUUCAUGUGAAUAAACAUGUUUGUGGUUACCAUAAAAGGGUGCUUUUAUUUUGGGUUCACAAAAAAAAAAAA